UUUAAAUAGUAUGCUGCAGUUAGCAUAAGGGGUGUGACAUUUGUACGUACUGUUUAGUGCGGUACUAUGUAGUAAUAUCUCAGGCUUGGUCUCUAAACAACUGCGGCGCUGUCAAAGCCUAAUCCUAGAAGUUUGUGUUAAGUUUGACUUGUACGCUUCUGACAAUUCUGAAAAUUGAAAAGACAAAAAAGAUACUCAGAUGCGGAAUAUAACCUAUUUAAAAAAAGUAUUCCCAAAGGAGCGGGCGGAAUAGCGAUGGUGUUAGGAAGUUGUGCAUGUUCAUGAAGAGAUGGAGGCCAGAAGUGUGUGAGGAAGAUGCCAGUGGAGUGAAAACACUGAUGGAGGGCCAGAAGAGUAGUUCUGAAGAAGAGGAAGGCUCACAUAACAGGGGUGUGCCCCACAAGUGGCAGGGCUACUCAUGCACUGUUAAACCAGCGAGGGUUUUCCUUCCACAGCCUGUUCUUCAGGCUGCACUGGGGAUCAGCCAUGGAGUUCUAUUGACAAACGAUGGCCUUGUCUACAGCUUUGGAGAGCUUCCAUGGAAGCGAGACUUGAAGUCCCAGACAGUAGAACCUGUGCUGGAAAGCUCUUUAACUGGCCACCGUGUGGUCCGUGUAUCUGCGGGUAGUUUUCACUGCGGUGCCGUAACAGAGGAAGGGAUGGUGCACAUGUGGGGCGAGAACUCCCAUGGUCAGUGUGGUAUCUUUGGUUUUAGUGUUGUCCAUAAUCCUACCCCUGUCAACAUUGUGGAUGAUGAAAUUGUCCCUCCUGAACUGGUCCAGAUCCAGGAUGUGGCCUGUGGGGCACAGCACACAUUAGUUUUGUCAAGGAAGCAUGAGGUGUGGGCCUGGGGUAGUGGCUGCCAGUUGGGCCUGGUGACUACUGUGUUCCCUGUGUGGAAGGCACAGAAAGUAGAGCAUCUAUCAGGGAGACAUGUGCUCCAGAUUGCCUGUGGUGAAUUCCACAGCUUGGCUUUGGUUCGCUUACUACCCCUUCCAGUGUCCUCUCAGCAAUCCCAGGACAAAUGUGGCCAGUGCAAGCAGCCUAUUUACACUUUGAUUGACAAGGAUGACCAUGUUAUUAUUUCUGACAACCAUUACUGCCCACUAGGGGUGGAACUAUUCGAUGCAAAGCAGUGUCAAAAAUCAAAGCAGGCAUCUCCAUCUUUGACGUCAGAGAUGGAGACCUCAGCACAUGACCCCCAGAGUUCUGUUGUGUCACCUGGAGAUUUCUGCCCCAGUCAGAGUGCGCUGGAUGAAUCUCACAAUGAUGAUACAGCAGGUGAGAAGGAAGAAGAUCACAAUGAUCCAGCCCCUGAGACUAUGACUGACCGCUCAGAAAGUCCACAGCAAUGCCGUGCAAGAACCAAAAGCUCUCUUUACCCUGAUGAACAGGCUCUGAAAGACUACCUCAAGAGGCUCUCUGGGCAGUCUCAGUCAGAGCAGUUUGAGGCAGUCUCCAGGAAGGGUUCAUGUCCUCCAAGCCGUCAGACAUCACUCAAAGACUCUUAUAGACUGGACCAAAACAACAAACCUACAUUUCCUUCAUUGGCACCACUUACCACGAGCGACGAUUUUAAAUCCACACUUUCAGAUGAUAUUGCACUGAUGACGUUACACGACUCCGUCACAGAUUCUGUCUGUGACGACUCAUCUGAAGACACGGUCAUUCCUAGUGACCCUUUAACAUAUAAUAACUGUGAGGAGGUCACUGAUGACAGCUUCUCGACAGAUAGUAACCACUGUCCAUAUAAGUCACUGGAAGCCAAGAAAAGUGCCAGCCUGACAGACAUUAGGUUUAAUGAUACAGAUGGAUAUAGUCGUAGAAGAUCAUUACCUGGCUUACUGUCUCCAGUUUCUCCAGUAUCGCUUCGGUGCAAUCUUGCCAAAGCCGGAGCAGUCAACUCAAAAAGCAAACACAUCUCAGAGAAGGAAAUUUUCCUUCCGUCUCUCCAUACAGAGGUGUGGACUUGGGGCAGAGGUCAAGAAGGUCAACUAGGUCAUGGAGACACCUUGCCCAGGUUACAGCCUCUAUGUAUUAAGAGCUUAAACAACAAGGAAGUUAUCAAGAUUGUUGCUGGAUCAUGUCAUUCUUUGGCCUUGACAGCUCAGUGUCAGGUUUAUUCUUGGGGUUGCAAUAAAUUAGGUCAGUUGGGUCACAUGAACUCUCCUAGCACUGUGCCACAGCACGUGAAGAUGUCUGAUGGUAUCCGUGUGUGGGAUGUAGCGGCAGGGCAGACACACACCGUGCUGCUUGCUGAUGGAGACUGCUUACAGCCCAUAUUGUAUUACAGUGGUGAGCAGGUGCAGGCACGGGAGGACUCUCCUACUGCAACGUAUACACAGACACCAACUCUACUGCCCUUCUUCAUGAAUCUUGGCUAUGUGAGUAGCAUUUUUGCUGGAGGACCAAACUGUGUGGCUCUGGCUGAUCGGAAUGUCAUGGGUUUCAUCGCCACUCUGCAUGAGUUGGCAUCAGCAGAGAGAAAGUUCUACUGCAUGCUCAGCAGGGUGAAGAACCAGAUACUGCAUCCCCUACUGGCCCGGGACAGUGUGAGCUCGUGUUUGGGGCGGACCUCCAUGCAGCUGUUCAAGACUAUGGCAGGAAAAUACAGUCAUUUGUGCCGUCUAAUAGGACAGCACGCCACCUCUCUCACUAACUUCCUACAGCAUGGGAGAAAUGUAAAAACUCUGGCCAUUUUGAAAAAUACAGACCUUUUCCUAGACACCUAUAAAAAGUAUAGCAAUCCCGUAGGAAACUUCCUUGUCAUGGGAGGAUUCCAAUCACUGGUGAAGCCCUCGCAAGAAUGUUUGGGGAAAAGGCUGGAUCUGAUAGUAACUCUGUUAGACCUCAAAGAGAAGAACGUCUCGCUAAGUGAUUUGCUAGUAAACCUGUUUUACAUGCCGCUGCAGCACUUGCAUGACUACAGCAGUCUUCUCCUGAAGCUGGCUACUUGCUUUGAUGUGAGCUCUGUUGAAUAUCAAAUGAUUCAAGAUAGCUGCUUGCAAUAUGAGGUCUUGGCUCAACUUCUAAGCAAACAGAGGAAACAGGCGGACAGUACUUACACUUUCUGGAAGAACUUUUCAGGAAAGAGCUCAGAGUCUUUGCGGAAGCCGUCUCGGCGGCUGGUGUGUGAGAGUAGCAAUAAAGGCUUGACCCUGCAGAACGCUGGGAGAUUCUCAGUCAACUGGUUCAUUCUCUUCAAUGAUGCCCUUGUUCAUGCACAGGGUACCAUUCCAUCUAAGAAGUUUUUUUCCUCUUACUAUGUCUAUCUGCUGGCCACACUGUGGGUGGAGCCCAUCUCAGACAAGAAUGUGGGAUUGUUGGGACUGAAGCUGAUUACCCCUGAAGAAAACUUCACUUUGUUGGCAUCAUCACCUCUGGAGAAGGGGAAGUGGCUGAGGGCCAUUAACCAGGCUGUGGAAGAUGUGCUCGGAGUGGAUCAGAGGACAGAGCCUCCUGUUUCCCGCACUGCCACUUAUACUUUUACUAAAGAUGGCAGGCUCAAAGAUGCCACAUACACUGGCCGCUGGCUCUCAGGCAAGCCUCAUGGCAGUGGCACCAUGAAGUGGCCUGAUGGCAGAGUUUACUGUGGGACAUUUAAAAAUGGCCUGGAAGACGGGUUUGGAGACUGUAUGAUGCCCAGACAAACCAUCAACAAGUAUGACCGUUACAAGGGCCACUGGAAGGAGGGCAAAAUGCAUGGAUUUGGGACAUAUUGGUAUGCUACAGGUGAGGUGUAUGAGGGCUUAUUUCAGGAGAACCUGCGUCAUGGCCAUGGCAUGCUGAGUAGUGGCAGACUAGCCUCUUUCUCCAGCAGUGUGUUUGUUGGCCAGUGGGUCCAAGACAAGAAAACUGGCUAUGGAAUAUUUGACAACAUCACAAAAGGAGAAAAAUACAUGGGGAUGUGGCUGGAGGACCAGAGGCAGGGCACCGGGGUUGUGAUCACCCAGUUUGGUCUAUAUUACGAAGGAGAAUUUAGUAAUAACAAAAUGAUGGGGAAUGGGCUUCUGCUCUGUGACGAUGACACUUUCUUUGAGGGAGAGUUUUCAGAAGACUGGACAUUGAAUGGGAAGGGCGUCUUGUCCAUACCUAACGGAGAUUCUUUUGAUGGUAUCUUUGUGGGCGAGUGGGGCUCUGAACUGAAAGUGGCUGGCGUUUUCACAAAAAUGUGGCUGUAUGAGACUGAGCCGAUGGAGAAUAAGACCUUUGAGGUCGGUCGUUAUGCAGUACCUGCUGAGCAGAAAUGGGUGGCUGUGUUUGCGGAGUGCUGGAACCGGCUGGGUUGUGAAACCCCUGGAGUGGGAGAGAAAGAGAGAGCCUGGGAGAACAUCGCAGUCAUGCUGACAACCAGCUGCAGACAGCAGAGAGAUGGACCAAGGGCUCUGAGUCGCUCCCAGUGUAAGAUGUUGGAGAGUCUGGAGGUUAUCCCUCAGCAUGUCAGUCCUGUUACUGCUGAAGCCUAUGACAUCAUCCGCCGCUACCUCAUCAAGGCAUUUGAUACUCCUCUGCAUCUUCUGGGCUGGCUGCUGGAGACACUGGUCACGGUGUACAGGAUGACGUAUGUAGGCGUGGGCUCUAAUAAAAGGCUUUUAAAGCAGGCUGUGGAGGAGAUCCAGUCCUACCUCAAACGCAUAUUCCAGCUGGUCAGGUUUCUGUUUCCUGGUCUUCCAGAUGAGGGUGGUUUUAUCCCUGACUCGGAGAAGAGGGCCAGUGACGUUCAGAGCAGCAAUACACAUUCAGACACCACUCAGCAGGGCUGGAUUGUGAGUAGCACCACUCUGCUGCUUCCUGUUUUGUUACCUCGUCUCUACCCUCCACUCUUCACACUGUACACACAGGCGAGAGAGAGGGAGGAGGAAGUGUACUGGGAGUGUGUGUUACGCCUCAACAAACAGCCUGACUUGUCUUUGCUCACCUUCCUGGGAGUGCCUCAAAAAUUCUGGCCAGUCUCAAUUUCUGUUUUAGGAGAGAUAAAAGAUGUGCUGCCUAGCAGUAUGAAUGUCUGCUUUGCUACUGCUGUGGAGACUCUGCAACAGAUCAGCACAACUUUCACUCCUGCAGAUAAGCUUCAGGUCAUCCAGCUGACCUUUGAGGACAUCACGCAGGAAGUGCAAGCCAUGUUGGGCCAGGGCUUCCUGUGGUGCAUGGAUGACCUUUUCCCAGUCUUCCUCUACAUAGUUCUCCGUGCGCGGAUCAGAAACCUUGGCUCUGAAGUGAGCCUCAUAGAGGACUUGAUGGAUGCUGCUCUACAGCAUGGAGAACUCGGGCUCAUGUUCACCACUCUCAAAGCUUGCUACUACCAGAUUCAGAGAGAGAAGCCUACUGGCAUGUAGAGGCAGAAUUUCUGCAGGUGUAAGUCUCAUCUUAGCACAAGUCUUUGAAUUUGGACAGUGUUUUGGAUGCAGUGCAUUCUACUGUAUGAGCGAAGGAACAGAUUGGAAAGUUUUUCAUUUGUUUGAUUUGGAGGAGAGAACUCAACACUGACAUGGUUCCAGCACCUUCAUCACAAGCUCCUAAUUACUAACUUUAAUUUUAGCUGCUGCUUUUAAAUGAAUCAAGGUUUUAUAAUGAACUGUUUUGAUGAAUGUGGAGAUUGUUUGUUACUUAACUGAAAAGGGAGUCCUUAAAUUACUGAGUCAGAUUUCAUGCCUGUGAUUAAUGAUUAAUGUUGCGGUGCUGAUUUUUUUUUUUUUUUUCUUCGUUUAAUGAUUUGUUAGACUGUACUAACUAGCACUACAUGCUUUAUCUAGACCCCACAGUUAUGAAUGCAUUAGGGGAGAGUCAGCACAAUGAUAACAUGCACAUUUUUUCUAAAUGCAACUAUGCAUCCAACUGUGACCUUUUUUUGCAUGCAUAUGCAGGUGUUUCACUUCUGUGUGACCAUCUGGGGGAAACAGCUGCGUUUAUUCACUGUAGCAGGAGAUAUGUGUGAAAAACAAAAAGCAUUUUGUGCCAGAAAAGUAAAAAAAAAAGAAAGAA